AUGUACAUGCUAGAAGUAAUCCUGGGCGCGAUAUUAGUUCUGCCAGCCGUGGCAUUGUCGAUCAGCAGAAACUCGACAUACACGAAUCCCAUGCUGCCGGGCUGGCACUCCGAUCCAAGUUGCAUCUUUGUGGCUGAGGAACACAACUCCUUCUUCUGUGCGACGUCGUCGUUUCUCACCUUUCCAGGAAUGCCCAUCUACACCAGCAAAGACUUGGUCAAUUGGCGGCUCUCUAGUCACGUCUUCUCUCGGCCAUCCCGAGUGCCACAGAUUGGAAAUACAACAGUCCAAAAUGCGGGUCUCUGGGCAACGACCAUUCGGUAUCACAAUGGCAAAUUCUACGCGAUAGUAGCAUACACGCCAGAGACACCGUUCGUUGUCACAGGGUUCGUCUUCACGACUACCGAUCCAUAUGAUGACAGUGCAUGGAGCGAUCCCCUAGUAUUUCCGCUGAUUGACAUUGAUGCGAACCUGUUCUGGGACGAUGAUGGGAUGACAUACAUGCAGUUCUCUGGCAUCCAUCAGCAAACCAUUGACCUUGAGACGGGUGCCCUAGGACCUGCAAGAAUUAUAUGGAAAGGCUUCACUGAAUACAUUCCAGAGGGGCCGCGAAUGUACAAGAAAGACGGAUACUAUUAUCUCAUGAUUGCAGAAGGUGGAACAGGGCUGGGACACCACGAAGCCAUCGCCCGGUCCAAGAAUAUCUGGGGCCCAUACGAAGGCUACUCGGGGAAUCCUAUUCUUACGAACACCAACACUACCGAGUAUUUCCAGACCGUUGGCCACGCGGACCUUUUUCAAGAUGCGACUGGGAAUUGGUGGGGCAGCGGCCUUGCCACAAGAUCUGGACCUGCAUGGGAAAAUUAUCCGAUGGGUCGUGAGACUGUCUUAUUUCCUGUGACGUGGGAUGAGGGCGAGUGGCCUGUUCUGCAGCCAGUCCGUGGCCAAAUGAGCGGCUGGCCGCUGCCUCCGCAGACAAGAGCAAUACCAGGAAGUGGACCGUUUGUUGAAGAUCCAGAUAUCAUAGACUUCCCUCCAGGAUCAGCGAUCCCAUCGCAUUUUCUAUACUGGCGAUUUCCACCAAAACAUGCAUUCGCAGUCUCCCCUCAGGGACAUCCUAAUACGCUUCGGCUACGUCCGUCGAAGUCAAAUCUAACAUCUAGCGCACCGUUGACAACUAUAGAAGAACUGAGCCUUAUCAUGCGUGUGCAGACAGACACCUUGUUUAGCUUUAGCGUCGAUGUCGUUUUGUUUGAGCCAAAGGUACAAGAGGAGGAGGUUGGCGUGACGGCUUUUCUCACGCAAACACAGCAUCUUGACCUAGGCAUUGUGCUCUUGCCUGCGAGGAGUUCUGGGUCAAAUGGCAAGGCGGAGCUAGCUCCCCAUCUACGAUUCCGUGUCACCAACGUGCCCGCCCUGAAUGGUAACUUUAACGGAACCUUGCCAACUGCCAUCAAGAUGUUGCCCAAGAGCUGGCUAGAUGCACCUAUACGGUUGCAGAUCGAUGCAGUCAAUGAGACGCACUAUGCUCUCUCCGCGGCGUCAUCUAAGGAGCCUUCGGAUAAUGAACUCAUGGGAAUAGCACCUGCAACAAUUUUGAGCGGCGGCGAUGGUGAAUUUACAGGUAAGAGUAGCGUCCUAUGCUAA